GAGGCUCGUGUCACCGCGGUGGGCGGGUCCUGCUGUAGCUGAAGAUGGCUGCUCCGUGCUGGGAUCAGCAGGUCUGAAGAUAACCGUCUCUGCGGCUCUUUGGUCGGUUUGAGCGGCUGUCUGCGCUCCGUAUCCCGGCCGGAGGCUCCUCCGCGGGGUCGGGUCCCGGGACGCCGGUGUCCGCAAUGUCCAGGGAGCAGGCGAGCAUCAGCGAGCUCCUGCUCUCACUGGACAGUUCAGAGCUGCAGGAGGCGGAGCGAGUGAGAGCUGCAGUCAACCAGCAGCUGAGUACAGACAAAGGGGGCGCUGUCCUCUCCUCCGUGGUGGAGUACUACCUGGACUCGUCAUCUUCUCAGGCCCUGCUCCUCCUCUCCUCCAUCAGGGAGCCGCAUCACAAAGUGCUGCUGGAGAAGCUCAACGAGUCUGUGAGUCGAUCCGGGACCAGGCUGGGCGCCCUCACCCUGCUGGGUCACCUGAUCAGGAAACAGCCGCCAUGGGUUCAUCACAUCAGCCGCUCGCCGCUGCUGCUCUCACUGCUGCGCUGCCUCAAGACGGACAGCGAUGUGGUCGUCCUUAUCACGGGAGUCCUGGUCCUGGUCACUCUGUUACCCAUGAUUCCUCAGGCCGGGAAGCAGCACAUCAAUGACUUCUUUGACGUGUUUGGGCGCCUUGCAUCCCGCAGCUGCAAAAACCCAGGUCAUGAGCCUGUGGCCCACCUGGUGCACCUCCAUGCAGGUACGUACUCUCUGUUCCACCGCCUGUAUGGGAUGUUCCCCUGUAGCUUCAUCUCCUACCUGCGGCUGCACUACAGCAUGAAGGAGAACCUGGACACCUUCCAGGAGGUGGUGAAGCCGAUGUUGGAACACGUCCGGGUUCACCCAGAGCUCGUUACAGGCACUCAGGACUACGAACUGGACCCGUCCAGGUGGAGGUGUUACGAAGUCCAUGACAUUGUGAUCGAGUGCUCCAGAGUGUCCCUGGAUCCUCUGGAGUCUUCGUGCGAGGAGGACAUUUGCUCCUCCUCCUGCUCUUUGAUCACACCUCUCCCCCUGACUCCCCUCCCUCAUCUGGACCUCACCUGCAGUCCUCCGGUCACAGACACUGUCAGCAGCUCAGGAAGCUCAGUCUGUCCUUUGGGAUCCAGAUGUGUGCCUCAGCUGAACCUGAACACCUGCACGCAGCCUGACGACGUCACAUGGAGCCCCGCCUUACACUGUGGUUUGUCCACACCCCCUUCUGAACGCACUGCUUUAGGCUCCACCCACCCACUGAGCAGGAGCACCUCCAUGUCAGGUGAGAAAUUGCCUUCAUCAGCCUCCAUUCUUGAGGCUCCUCCCACUAAGGAGCCCGACCGCAGCCAGGUGAGGAUGGUCAAAGAUGGGGAGGGGUUAACCUGUCAGCCAAUCACUGAGGGGGAGGAGCAAGGCCUGAGUGACCUCGUUAACAACAACAGAGAAGAUGUUAAAGAUGAGUCCCAGCAGCCUUCGCCCCGCCUGAUCACCUCCACCCCCACUCAGGCUUCAGGGAUCCCCCUGCCUCCCUGCUUCACCACUCCUCACCCCAGAUUUGAAGAGCCAGGCUCCGCCCUCUCGGACUACAGCCCCAGCUCUCCAUAUGACCCGCUGUUUGAGCUCGCUCUGCCGCGGGCGGCCAUGCUGUUCGUUGGGAAGAAGACCCAGGAGGUGCUGGAGAAGAAGGGGGGAGGACCACAGAGGGAGAACAGAGAGGAGGAGGUGACCUCUGUCUCCCCUCUGAAGGUUCUGGACCAGCUGAUCGCCCGUGGAAACAACGCCCACGAUUGCCUCAGCAGGAGGUUAUCAGCUGGGAGUAAGUCGGUGGAUCGGAGUCACUCUGGAGGUAAACAGCAGAGCAUGAAAAGCAAAGGCUCCACCCAGGAGGAGGAGCUUCAGUCUCUGACCAAUCAGCUGCUGCUCGUCCAUGCUCAGCUCCAGUACGAGCGCUUCAAGCGGCAACAGCACGCCAUCCGAAACCGCCGGCUGCUGCGGAGGGUCAUCAACGCGACAACGCUGGAGGAGCAGAGCGCUGCCAUGAAGUCUCAGCUCGGCGUUCAAGACGAGGAGAUCCGGAGUCUGAGGGCGAGUCUGGACGAGGAGCAGCGCCGAUAUUCGGCGCUGCAGCGCGACACACGCACACGCAGCGGGCAGCUGCACACACACAUUGCACAUCUGCUGCAGCUGCAACGAGACGAGCAGAGAGAGAGCCAGAGACUGCAGGGUGAGCUGCAGGAGUGCCAGAGCAGACUGCAGGAUCUGGAGGCGGAGCUUCAGAAAGCCAAUUACAGGGCGUAUAAUGCUGAGCACCAGCUGACCCAGCUGUCAGUGAAGCUGUGCAGCAGUGAGCAGCUGCAUCAACAGAUGUUCCUGCUGAACCAGCAGCUGGUCCUGCUCGGAGAGACCAACAAAGCUCUGCAGCAACAGCUGGAGGGCGGAGAGACACAGCGCUGCACC